CAGUAUCGGCUUUUCUGAUUGGCCCGUGAGACAGCAGGGACAAAUCAGCACGGGGAAUGUUAAAAACGAACUGUAACGUUAUGUAUUUCGGUUUGAAAAGAUGUCGCUCAAUCGGGGAAUCGGCAGUGUUCAGUACAUGAAAAAAAGGAUACCAAAAAAUGCCAAGUAUCAGCAUGUUAAAACAAGGCUGGAUACAGGUUGCAGCCUCUCAAAGUAUAUGGAAAAACUCGAGGAGAUUAAAAAAAAUUACAGAUAUAGAAAAGAUGAAAUCUUUAAACGGUUGAAGGUGACGACAUUUGCACAGUUGAUACUUCAGGUAGCCUCCAUAUCAGACCUAAAUGAAAGUGAAAAUGACGCUGACUCACAUUUACCAGAAGACAGUGUGUCAGCGGUGUCUGAUGCAGACCUGGAGAGUCUCUCUGAACACACCAACGGCUCCCCUCAGGUGUCACCGCAUUCAGAUCACCAGGAGGCAGGAGACAGCACGGACUUCUGCCACACUGCAAGGUCAACACUACUGAGUGUUAUUAGUGGUGUGGGAGAGCUGAACCUCGACAGGAACAUUCAGAAAAAGGAGAAUGAGUUGGUGUUGAUCUCUGAGCCAGUUGACAGGCCCUACCCAGACUGCCCCUACCUGCUGCUGGACGUACGGGACCGGGACUUGUACAACCGCUGCCACAUCAUCAGCGCACACAGUUUACCCAUCGCCAUGCUAUCUCGAACCAUGAACCCCUACACAAAAGAAGUGCUGGAAUAUAAAAAUGCUGCGGGGAGGAUCAUCAUUGUGUAUGACGAGGACGAGAGAAUAGCCAGCCAGGCUGCCACCACCAUGUGCGAGCGAGGGUUUGAGAAUCUGUUUAUGCUGUCUGGAGGUCUCAAGGUAAUUGCUCAGAAAUUUCCAGAAGGCAUGACGACAGGUUCCAUCCCAAAGUCCUGCCUGUCCUCUCCGACAUCAUCGGGCAGAAAGAAGAGCUCUGUGCAGCCGGUGCACGCGGCAGAGAAGAGGUGGAGGUUUACUUCAGAAGAGCUGGCCAAGCUUCAUGAGCAGAUGGACGAGAUCCUCAUCCCCAGUAACUCCAGCAGCCGCAUGUCCAGCCGCAUGUCGACCAGCAGCUUCCAGUCUAAAGCGUCCAGCGCCCCGAGUCGACAGAGUUCCUGCACCGCUGGGAGGGACAGCGCCCGGGUUCAGAGCAGCAGACCAUGGAAAUAAUACCCGACACCUAACGUCUUCAUCCAUGAUUAAAAAAAACAAACAUACCUCCAGAGAGAAGUCCGUUCAUUCAAAGGUUGAUUCUAUCUGCUCCAUAGCUUUUACCAGUCUGUAACAUGAUCCUCUGAGAUAAAGCUGCACAGUAAGGUGGAAUAAAAACAACUCCACAACCCUUUAUAUAUUUACUCAAACAAAAGAAUGUGCACAUCCACAUGUUUCUAGUUCCCUCAACUACCUUUACCUCAGAAGUUCUUAUUACACAGCGCCCAAAUGAAUUCUUCUGAGGUUUUGUAUAAUUUCUAAAUGUGGGAAAUCAAACACACCUCGAGAAAGUGGGAAUGUAAUCCGCUCAAUUUCCCUUCAAAAUCAACUUAGGCCCCGUGUCCUCCUAGCGUUUUAUGCAGGGGCAGAAAAGUGCUGACUGUGCACUUGGAAGCAGAAAGAAGAAAAACGCAGCCCGUCCAUCCUGUCUCUAUGACAACAGUCUGUUGACAACGGCCGCUGUAUGAUCGACACUGCUCUGUUACUUUGUCCUGUAUCUUUUUUUAUUUAAGAUCGUUUAUCGACCGAUCAGACUCGGAGCAAAGAGGAUGUGGGUGCAAGACACGAUCAGUAGCCGGCAAAACUACGGCGAGUAUCAACAUUACAUUUGGAAAAGUGCCCCCGUGACGUCAAAUGUGACUUCCUGAAAAAGAUGAAAGAUUUUCAACGCUAGGAGCAGUCGCACAUAAAAAAAAGUGCUGGUAAAAAAGACGCUAUGCGCCGGGCUUUUUCUCCAGACGGCCGCCCGAUGCCGCACGGGCGCUCUCUACUCAUUGAAAAAAAGACGCUGGCGCACUAGGUGGACACGGGGCCUAACUCUCGAAAAGAUUGUGGGAUCAAAACAAAAUGUAUAAUUUCAGACUUGGUGCACUCUUCAUCGUCUUUUGAGAGUUACGUCAGACCGAAUCAUUUCACCUUCAAUGUUGUUUUUAAUCUAUAUUUAAUAAAUGCCGUGUAUUUGAAUGUCUGCACAGUGAACCUGAAAAGUGAUGAAUCUGUUUGCACUCGAUUUAAAUUUUUCACCUGACGCUAAUCUCAUCCUUUUUGUUUCUUUACCAGUCAAUGAACCUGAAGAAGUCAGCACUCAUUUUGAACGGUUACCUGUUUAAUUGUCUCACUAUUUUACAGAACUCUCUCCAUACUGACACGACAACCUCCCCAUUGGUCGGUGGCAUUCUUAUGUGACUUUUUGUUUUGUUAUGGAGACUGAAUAAUUGAAUGUUGAUUUGUGACAUGAAGGAUAUUUUGGGAUGUACUAAAUGAGGAUAUAAUUUAUAAUACUAAUGUGACAGAGUUUAUUCUAUUGUGUAAAAUAAUGAAAAGCUGUGCUGUAUUUUUGUAAUUCUCGUCACAUUGUCCCAAACUGACGACUUCUCAGCCUUCACCUGCGACAUGUUUUGGUCCUGUGAUGCUGUUACUCGAUGAUUAUUUGUGUUUGUGCAUCACGUGACCUGAUUUCCUGAAGCCUUCACAAACACACAGACUAUAAGUAUCACAACAUGGCAGUGUCACUAAAGGAGGGAAAUGGGCAUUUUGUGAUUCCUGUUUGACCAAAAAAAAAGAGCAGCACUUGCGUUCCAACAGAUGCAUUUUUAAAACAGUAUUGCUAAUUUGUGGCCUUUUGUUUGGUUAGCGUGGUUGUGACGUGUUGCGUGGUUCAUGAGCGACUUUCCCUGAAUCCUUUGAUGUGAAAAAAUGUAAGGCUUUGUGAUUUGUUUUCACCAUCAGUCUUAACUCAUACACACACACACACUAAUGAUCUGAUCACAGGAUUUAGUUUGUAAAUGAAUGUUGAAUAAAUUGUAUAGAUGUUUA